UUCAUUUUACAUUUUACCAAUUAAAAAAUAGGAAUUUAAAAUGGGUGAAUGCACAGACGUGCAAUCCUUGGAGAAGAUAUCCACGGAAGUAGAUGAAUCACAAAUUAAAAUUACCUUGUCCAGCCACUGCAUUAAAGCUCAAGCUUUCCUUGUGGAUAAAUUGAGAAAACAGUCGGAACGUCAAAGAGAAGUUUGUGGUUUCAUAAGCAGCAACAAUGUGAAACUGGAGGCAGAAAUAAAACAAGCGGAUCACGAAAUACAAAGUUUGCGGUCAGCAUAUAAUGCAAUAAGAUCAGCGAAUGUAGAACUAAGGAAGGAACUUCUUUUAGCAAAAGAGAAUAAAAGGGAGAUUGAGGAACAUGUAAGGCUAGGUGAAAAAAAGUACGAGGAGUUAUGGCUGGCAAGUAAAAGCAGAUACGAGGGAAUCUCAUACGUACAAAAAUUGUUAGAAACAAAAAAAACGGCUCAAAAGCUGAAAGAGGAUAUAACGGUGUUACAAAACGACGCUCAUAAAUUGGUUAAUGACAUUGAUUCAAAAAAGAUUGAACUGAGGAACUUGGAUCGACAACGAAUAAUAGAAUUAGCAAAUUACUUUGUGAAUGAAAUGCCUGUAACACUAAAUGUAAUCAAAGAAAAGUCGUUGGAAAUUAAAAAAAUAACGCGUGAGAUAGAAGAGGCUAAAGAAAGAAAAAAUAAAGAAGCUGAGAAAGAAAUUAUAACGUCCGUUGACGUAAACAAAGCGGUUCCACCUUUACCUGAACUCAAUGCUUCAAAUUCUGAAGAUAAUUGGCCUAAUUUAUACUCAACUGAUAACCAAGCCUUACCGAUUCCCAAACUGAAGCUUGUCGGUACUGAUUUUGAUGUAUUGAGUGCAAAAUUAGAUCAGAUUAAGAUAAAGAAAGUAGAGAUGUUACAAACAGCUCCCGUAAAGAGGACAGACUCAGUACUAGCUGACGAGGAGACAACUGUUCACAAGAAGCCUAAAAAGAUCGAAGAAAAUACACCAUAUUACUUUAGCAAACCUGCAUCGAUUGAGGAAAGCAGUGAUAAUGAAGCUAAGUGCAACUUCUCUAGCCGCAAAUUAAUAAAUAUUCUUGAAGAUAUAAAACUCGAUAAAAGCGACACGUAUAAAUUAGUGUCCAAAGUGAACAUAGAAAAUCUUAAAGACAUCGACGCUAUAGGUACUGAUGCUACUACAAAGGAACAUAAGGAAGCGACACCCAUGGAGAGUGAGCAAAUUGAGGAAAUUGAUUUAACCGGUACUAACUCUGGAAGUAUUGUAGUACCGCCUACGCAAUUCAUGGAUUAUACGCAGGAAGCGUCCAUCAGAGUGUCACCACAGGCAACGCCAGAAACAAAAAAUAAAAAUAAUGAUAAUUAUUUUAAGAACUCUCAAGAAAAUGUCAAGAAAAGAGUGUCUUUUGAUAUGCCAAGCAGUGUGCGAAUUACACCAGUAGACGAUGAUGUUGAUGGCGAUGACGGUGAAGAUAAAAAUGUAGAAGCAGAAGCAAACAAAACUGCUAGCAGUGAGUUAGACAUAAGUGGAGUAAGUGAUGACGGUUAUAAGAAGAUAAGAGAUAUGAUACUAAAAAAACAUAACUUGGAUUUAUCACCUCAAUUUGUAUACGCGAAAAAUAAACCUACAAACAUGAGAAAUGAGGAAAAUGUGACCUCUAAAUUCUUCCAAAAGUCUAACACAUCAGUUUUAGAUGUAUUUAAUUCUGAAGCACAACAACUAGAUGGAACAAAUACAAAAGACAAGAUUGAAGAUAUUGAGAUGGAAGGAAAUAAAGAAGCCGGAAUUACCGUGAAAAAAGACGAAAACAUUAUGAUUUCUGAUGAUAAGAUUCAGUCACAAUCUGUUCAAAAAUCAGUAAGUGGAUUCCUUUUCAAACACGGGCCUCAGGAAAUACCAGACUCUUUGAAUGUAUCUAUCAGCACUACAGGAUAUGACGAAGGGGAGGUGGAUUUCCCACAUUGCCUUGAUUCAAGUCUUCUUUUGUCGCCAAAGGCAGAUUUACCAAUGCCAAUGACUGGUGAUAAUGCCGAAGUGUUAUCUCAAGAAGUUCCAAAUUUUUUAUCAGGUCUAAGGAAGACAGGACUAUCCUUUUUUGGACUUUCUUCUUCACAAGAAACUAAUUCAAAUAAGAAUGGACAAAAUACAUCUAAUAAUUUUAAUUUUAACUUUGGUGGAGACGACAAGAAAAAUAGAGGAGGCUUAUUUAGUAUGUUCCGUUAA